AUGACGUCGACUCCCACGAGGCUUGGCCUGCGCCCAAGGAUCUCAACACCAUGGCAUCCGAUUUGGGCCGAGGAAGCACCACUACACAAAAAGAUCGAGUUUUUCAGCAGGGAUUGGGACGAAAUUGAGCCUGUGGGCGUCUUUUUUGUCGAGAAGUUAUGGCCGAAAUUGCAACCCGAGUAUGAGAAAAUGCUCUCCAAGGCAAAGGACUACCUUCUGGAGCAGAUUAGCAAGGACAGGAACGUUUGUGGUGUCACGGCUUUCGUCGAAGGGCGCGUCAAGGACUGCAAGUCAAUUAUGAGGUCUAUCGAAAGACGCAGCAAGGUGCGAGAGACUGUUAUCACUAAGGAUAUCCUGCACGAGGUUCAUGAUCUCGUUGGACUGAGAAUUAUAGUCGACACUCGGGGCAAUAUUUUGAAAAUGGACGACUUUAUCGAUCAACAUUUUCAGAAGGUGCAGGAAAAGGACGUUGUUAUUUUCUCCCCAGACAGACAGCCCAUUGAUGCGCCUCAAAACCCGGCCGAAUUCGGUGCCUAUGAGACCCACAACCACCAUAUUCAUCUACCGGAAAGUUGCGGCCUCACUCCUUUUCACAAGGUGAUGCUGGAAAUCCAGGUCACAACUAUCGGCGAGGCUCUCUUCAACAUCUUUGACCACGAGCUGACCUACAAGGGUCACGCUGGCCCCCUGGAGGGGCAAGCUCGAGCCUGGCUUGAUACCCUUCAUGGAUCUGCGAAGCAAUUGGGGAUAGCCAUGAGUCAUCUGACAGGCGGACAGACAGGCGACAAGGCGUCAAGAGCGCACACGCUCAUAAAAGACUUUACCAAGACUGCGCAAGAGACACGCUUGUCAGGCCCACAACAGUCGAUCUUCGAAGAGAAGGAACAGAGCCUGAGAUUGCUGAGCUCGCUUGCCCACGAACUCAAAUAUCUGAUCCCCGAUAGCCAGGGUGCAACCGAAAAACAACGCGAAAAGCUUGUUCAAAGCUUCAAGUUUCCGCAAAUGAACGACCGCCGUAACAAGGUAGUCGAUUCCUAUUCGGAUACUUUUGAAUGGAUUUUCGAAGGAGAUGGUCAGAUCAAUGCACAAAUCGAGACAAGUCACUCUCAGAUCUGUGGCAAUUGGCAUAGCAUCGAAGAAUGUCCUGACAAACACAGACAUGCUCGAUAUUGUGACAGUUUCAGUGAUUGGAUACAGUCCGAAUCCAAUCUUUACUGGCUCAGUGGAAAGCCAGGCUCCGGAAAAAGCACGUUGGUCAACUUUAUCCUUCGAGACUCGCGCACCCAAGACCUUCUCGACCAAUGGAAACCUGGUACAAUCAAGAUAUCUCACUUCUUUUGGAAAGCCAGCAGUUCCCCAUGCAAAAAAGCAUGA